UGUAUAUCUGUCAAUGUCAACUAAUUGUUGCAAAAUUGCAUUUGCUUUUGCAAAUAACUUUAACAAGUAUAAAUGGAUAAAAAAUCACUGCUCCAAAGUGAAAUAAAUGAUUUUAUAAAGGAAAACUGUCAGGGGUAUUUUUUACUAAAGUGACAUGAGAACUAUACACAAGACUGUAUCUCGUGUUUUAGAGUAGCAGUGUAAUAAAUCAACUAUACGAGUAAUUGUUUAUAAAUAUUCAUAUUUAAUCCAAACUAUGGAGUCUUUAUCAAAACAGGAAUUAAUUUCGACAAUAACAAAACAAGCGGACCAAAUUAAAAGAUAUGAAGCCAGACUUAGAGAUGUCGUUGCUGCAUACAAAGGUCUUGUUAAAGAAAAAGAGGCCUUAGAAAUCAGUUUGAAAGCUUUAAGUAAAGAAGAUAAUGCUAGUGGACAAGAUUCAGAAAAUUCUGUGUCAACCCUAAUGCAAUCACUUGCCACAUUGACUGCUGAGAAGUCACGCAUGGAGGAGGCUUUUCAAGCAGACAAGAAAGUUACGAGAGAAAAGUAUGAAAAUAUGUUAGCGUCAAUGAGAGAAGAAACGAAAACUUUAGUUCAGCAGCAUCUUGCUGAAGUUAGCAAUUUAAAAGCUAAAAUAGCUUACGAAAUCCAGGAGCGAGAGAACGAGAGAGCAGAUCAUGCCGCUAUGAUGAAAGAGCUGCAUGUGAAAUUGACAUCAGAAAGAAAAACUAAGGAGAAAUUAGAGGACAAAGUGGUUAACACCACAGAAGCACAGGUGGUGAGCAAUGUGCGCGCAGCGUCGCAGGCGGAGCUGGAGAAGCGCGUGCGGGACCUGAGCAGCAGCCUGCAGGCGUCGCAGCGGCGGCUGCAGCGCGCGGAGGCCCGCACCGUGGAGACGCCGGCGCUGCUGGUGCGCCUGCAGCAGAAGCUGGCGCUGCUGGAGCAGUCGCACUCCAUCGCCAUCAGGGAGGAACAAAUAAAAGCGAAGCGCGCAGAAGAAUCUGCGAGAAAGAUCUGCGCCCGUCAAGAGGAGAGAGUGGCGCUGCUAGAAGGAAAGCUAGCGGAGUUGUCACAGACCAUAGGAGAGUACGACGUGAGGCGGAGGAGGGACCAGCAGACCAUACAGCAGCUGAAGGAAUCCCUCAAUGGCAGUCUUCUGGAUAAGAUGGCCACAAGGCGCGAUGAAGCUCAACAAAAAAGUGAGACAGACAAUGAGAAGUUAGCGGAUACAGAAUAUCUACAGACAUUGAUUGACAAAAUUCAUAUAUUAAAAAAAGAAUUAAAUUCUGAAAACAUCAAACUAGGUAACCCAGUAGAUAUAACUACUGUAUUCAAAGUGGACGGUUACGAUAACAUACAUGACAAAUGUAGGGAAGAAUUGGAGAAAUUGAAGCUAGAGUUUGAGAAUUAUAAAACGCAGAAUAUGCAGAGAAGUAGAGAUGACGAAGUGAGUGAGAUUGAUGUUCUGAAGACGGAGAUAAUGGUGCUGAAGGAGAAGGUGGACACGUACAAGCUGAUGUGGGAAGAAGAGAAGCAGGAUAAAGAGGAUACACUGAAGUUGUAUGAGGAGAAAUUAGAGCGCGAGAGGUCGUGUGGUGCGGCGGCGCUGUACGCACAAAAAGAGGAUAUUUCCCCUUCCUAUGCGUGUCGUGUGCAGGAGGGCAGCGCGCCGCCGCACAUGCUGCACUACGCGCACGAGCUGGCGCGCAAGGACCUCGACAUCUCGCAGCUGCGCAAGGACAAGCACCUGCUGGAGGGGCAGUACAGAGACUGUCAGCGGGAAGCGACAAUCGAGAAGGAGCGUUUUAAAGAAGUUAUAAGAACAUUAAAGGAAGAGAUUGACAGAUUGCGGCGCAUCCAGUCGCGGGAGGGCGCCAACCUGGAGUACCUGAAGAACGUGGUGAUGGCGUACCUGGUGUCGCGCGACGCCGCCGGCCGCAGGCACAUGGUCAACGCCAUCGCCGCCGUGCUGCACCUCUCCGCCGCAGAGACCGCCGCCGCGCGCGCCGCGCUCUGACCACGCUCACCACGCUCACCACACUGACCACACUCACCACUCUUACCACACUCACAGUGGAAACGCGCCUUAAUAUACUAAGCUAGCGUUAUUACGGGUUAUUCCCAACCGUCACACCGCUGUCCCCACGUGAGGACACAAUAAAAAGUUUAAUCCGUACUGCGACAGGGUCGGUUAGAACUUAUUACAUAAUGGUUUGGUUUGGUUGGUUAAAUCACUUUAUUGGUGAUAUUGGGACUAAAAAGCGGGACGGAUAAAGCUUUUUAUUCUCACGUGGGGACAGAGUGGAGUGACGGUUGAGAAUAAUCCGGGGACAAAAUCAAAAGUUUCUUCCGUCCUGCGACGAGGGGACGGUAGGAACUUAUUUCAUAAUGGUUUUAUCUGUCACCGUAUUGGUGAUAGUGAAGGUGGGACGGAUGAAGCUUUUUAUUCUAUCGUAGGGACAAACCAGUGUGACGGUUGGGAAUAAUCCGUUUUUACCCUAGAGAAGCUCUCAACGUGAGAUUAAAGAAGCUAGACGAUCGCUGUUAUAAUUUGUUUAGAGCGCACACACCUUUGACUAAACUAUCGCACAACUGUUUAGUCUCGCUUUGACUGCUAUGA